GUGAAGAGGUGGCUGCAAUACCUGUGGAAGAGUUGACCACAGUGCAGGCUUUGAAGAAACGCCUCCACAGCUUGUGCGGAGUCCCCCGAUUUAGGCAGAGGCUUCUGCACAAUGGUGUGGAUUUGGACGAAGAUUCUAACCUGGACUCGCCAAUGGAUGUACAGCUCGUUUUGUUGUCACUCUUCCGAGAAUCUUCUGGGAGUCUCUUGGACGCUGUCGUCGAAGAGGAUACGUGCGUCGUUGAGAAGGCAUUGCAUCUCCCUGAGGAUCCGGAUCAGAGCGAUGUGUUCUGGCGGACAAGGCCACUAUUGAGCGCGUGCAGGAGGGGUGCAGUGGACCUCGUUCGCUUGCUCUUGGAAGCUGGCGCAGACAAAAACAAGACCCACGGUGAAGGCGUGGGUCCUCUUUGGGCAGCAUCUUCGCGCGGCUAUGCCGACGUCGUCCGCGUGCUUCUUGAGGCAGGUGCUGAUGUCGACCAGGCGGACGAUGAAAACGGAGAUGACGUUGACGAAGGCCUAGUGCUGUUGCUUCUGCAUGCAGAGCAGAAUUGUCAUGUGGAAGUCGUGCGCUUGCUUUUGCAGUCCUCGGCCGACAAAGACUGCAGCAACAACAAGCGAACAACGCCCUUGUGGAUCUCAGCAAAGCGUGGCCACGAGCAAGUCGUGCACUUGCUGUUGAAGGCCGGCGCCAGCAAGAAUCAAGUGAACAGAUCUGGCAGAGGGCCUCUCUCUGCGGCCAGUAUUUGGCAUCGAACAGGGGUGGCGCGCAUACUGUUGACCGCUCAAGCAGAUGCGGAAAGCGUGAACCACGACGGAAGGACGGCACUUUGGGAGGCAUCUUGCCGUGGGUACGAGAAAAUUGUGCAAUUGCUUCUGCAGUCUGGUGCAAGCAGCGAACAUGCCGAUCUUCGAGGAAAGACGCCUCUAUGGAUUGCAUCCAAGGCUGGCCGUGUAACGGUUGUCACCCUGCUUCUGGAAGCGAAAGCUGAAAUGGACCGCCGCAAUCAUAAUUCCACGACACCUCUUUGGGUUGCAGUGAAGCAUCGCCAGCUAGAAGUGAUUCGGAUUCUCGCGGCCGCUGGUGCUGACAAGAGCUUGGCCAACAUAACAGGUAAGACACCUCUUCAGCUGGCGUCACAACUUGGCCGUAAGCAGAUUGUGGUCCUGCUGCAAGAUGGAAGCUAG